CUUCAUUCACCCACGUGUGGUGAAAGAAGCCCCCUUACCCUUGACAGGGUCUCCGACUCCCAUCUCUGUCACCCUAGGGGAUGACAAGACUUGGCGCUUCUUCGAUCAGACAGUCACCGACCUCCCUUUCUUCCUCACUCUCGAGCCGACUGAUCGUCCCCCGACGUCUCGUCGCCACCGCUCCUCUGCACAUUUCGAUGUGAUGGAGACGGGGUACGACUUCAUUCUCGGUACUCCGUGGUCUCGUCGGUUCCACAACACCGAGGCUGAUUGGGCGACCAACACUCUCGUUCUCAAAACGAAGUGUGGACAGACGUAUCGCGUACCUUUCAUAGGUACCACCGCGACACCACACCCCGAUUCUCCUCCCUCGGAGCCUUUCGUGCCCACACCAUCUCCUACUAUCACCGUCACCUCGCCUCGGCAGUUCGCCCACUUCAUCCGACAGGACGACGUUACCUUCUUUACGGUGAACGUUACGGAUCUCCUGCACUAUGAUCCACCCUGUCCCGACGCUGAGCUCAUCUCUCUGGAGCCAGAUCCUGCUUCUAUCUCCAUGGCUCUCAUCUCUACUUCCCUCCCUCCGUCGUCCGUCAAGUCCACCCCGUCGUCGCGCGCCGACGCUGACGCUAAGGAACUCGCACGCUAUACGGCCGACCUAGAGCCCGCAGUUCGUGACCUCAUUCGAGAGUACCACGACGUUUUCCCAUCGUCGUUCUCGUACGCCGGCAUCCCACCGAUGCGCGACAUCGAGCACUCCAUCCAGUUGGUGCCUGACUAUCGUGUUCACCACCAGGCACCCUACAGACUCUCGAUCCCCGAGGCCAUCGAACUCAAGGGUCAACUUGAGGAGCUCCUGAGACUGGGUUUCAUUAAACCCAGCAAGUCCCCGUGGGGUGCACCUGUCCUCUUUGCUUGCAAAGCGGAUGGAACUCUCCGUCUCUACAUCGACUAUCGCGGUCUCAACCGCUACACGGUUAAGAACAACUACCCCAUGCCUCGUUCCGACGAGCUGUUCGACUGCCUAGCAGGCAACCGCUUCUUUACGAAGAUCGAUCUUCGUAACGGUUACCAUCAGAUUUGUGUCGCUGCAGCGGACCAGCCGAAGACAGCGUUCCGAAUGCGCUUCGGCCACUACGAGUUUACGGUGAUGCCAUUCGGCCUCACCAACGCACCCGUUACCUUCCAGAGGGCGAUGAACGACAUGUUCAGGGACAUCCUGGAGCAGUACGUUCUCGUCUACCUCGACGAUAUCCUCAUCUACAGUCGUACUCUUGAGGAGCAUCUUAGACACUUCCGCGAUGUCCUUAACCGCUUGCGUAGACAUGGCUUCUACGCCAAGCUGAGCAAGUGCCGCUUUGCCCAGCACAAAGUGAAUUUCUGAGGACACUGCGUGUCUGACCAGGGUCUCCACAUGGACGACGUGAAGAUCACUGCUAUUGCAAAAUGACCCGUACCCAUAGCUUUCU